CUUUUCUCACGAGGACCCGGUCACGCGCCGUGGCAAACCAAAUAAAUUUCAAUCGGAAUUAAUCUCCAUACAACUAACCCAUAGUUAACAAUCAGCACCAACAAUCCCAUACAGGAUUGAAGUGAAGUUAGUUAAAAAGUUACGGGUAGUGUAAAGAGAACCAAAAGCAAGCCUAAACAAAACAAAAUGUCUAACUUUGAAGCCAGAAAGCUCUUUGAAAAUAUAGUAGAAGAUGUUAUUAAUGACUCUCGACAAGACUUUGAAGAUAGUGGAAUAGAUGAAUCAACAUUACAAGAAUUACGAAGAAUAUGGUGUGAGAGAUUAAGUCAAUCGCAAGUAGCCAAAUUUUCAUGGGAUGACGAAGAACCUGAAGAGCCUCCAUCAGUAUCUGUUGGAGGAGGAUUAAAUUAUCCACUUGUAAGUAAUAAAUCAGAUAUUGUUGGAGGAGGAGGUGGAGGUGGAGGAUUAAAUACUCCUGAUGAUACCAGUAAUGGAAAUGUCUUAUCUUAUGGAAAUGUAACCGAUAGUAUUGGACUCGAAUUACUGAAACCAGAAGUGGAUGAAGAUAAUAGUACGGGAUUAUUAUUACCUAAGAUAAAUCAAGCCGAUGGAACUGUAGAAUUCACUAUGUAUAGUGAAACAAGUAAAGCUAAAGAACUUAUACAUAAGCUUAAACAGAAUAGUAAUAACCAACAAAGGAUAAAUCAAACCGACGGAACGUUUGGUGAUGACGAUGAUGGAGAUGACGAUAUUUUCAAUGACUCUGAUGAUAUCAAUUCCGAUUUAGAUGAUGAUUUAGAAAGUGAUAAAUCCGAUGGAGAAAGUGGAGAACAAGAAGGACAACUCAUGUUAUGUUUAUAUGAUCGAGUUCAAAGAAUUAAGAAUAAAUGGAAAUUCAAUUUAAAGGAAGGUAUUGCUAAUAUUGAUGGAAGAGAUUAUGUAUUUCAUAAGGCUACAGGAGAGAGUGAGUGGUAACGUCUGUGUAUUAUAAACAAAUAAAUAAAUAAGCAACUAAGUAAGUAACUAUAUAUAUAUAUAUAUAUAUAUCAUUAAAAAUUCGGAAUAUGAAUAUCUAAUAUCUGUCUCUUAUCAUCCGGUAAAGGAUUGCCAUUAUUAAA